UGCUGCAUCUGCCUUUAGACGCCUUGAGGCAUGGUGGAGGAAGAUUGAAGGGCUAUGAAGAACAACCCAGGGAAUAACUACUUUGGGCGGGAAAAAUAACUCCCGCCAAGAAUCCCAACCAUAUACACACCCUCUUUCUCACACUAAAAACACGAAUCCCAUGUCGAAAUCCCUAAUUUCUCUCCGAAACCCAUAAAAUCUCUCCAUCUCCAACCUCCAUCAACCCCAAAUAAAACCCAACAAAAAUCCCUAAUCCCUAAAAUCAAUGAAUCAGUCUCUAACACUUCUGCUCAAUCUACUCUAGUCUUGAGUCGAAAAAGUGCUAGACUCUCAUCUAGACGAAGAAGAAGAAGAAAAUAAUGACCAAGAAAUUCGGGUUUUAGAGAAAGAAAAUCAAGAAAUUUAGGUUUUAGAGAAAGAAGAUCAAGAAAUUUGGGUUUCAAGAUUAACAGGGAAGUUUGGGUUCUUUAAAAAGGAAGAAGAAGGAGUUCUGGGUUUGAUUCUGGUGGUGAUAGAAUAAAUGGAGGGGGAUGAUGAUGAAGGAAAAAAGAAAAGGGGGUUUCAGGGAUUGGGAAAUUUCGAUUCUGAUUCUGGUUCUGGUUCUGGUUCUUUGAGGAGUGAUGUGAAGCAACAACUGGAGUUUCAUCUUGAUUACGUGCCAUUGUCGUCUUCAGGGAAUGUUUCAUCUGAAGUAAAUGAGGAGGAGGAGGAGGAGGAGGAGGAGGAGGAGAGAAAGGGGGUGAUUGAUAUUGAUGCUUCUGAAGAAGAGGGGGAAAGAUUGGGAAAUGAAGGUGGUGAAUGUGUUAAUGAGAAUAGAAAGUAUAGUGCAGAGGAAAAAGGGAAGGGGAAAUUGAGUAUGGACGGUUCUUGGUUGUCGAUGAGUAUCGAGGAGAAGUUGAUACCCGAGGAAGGUGAAACUGCUGUAGAAAUUAUGCCUGAAGAUGGGAAUGAUGCUACUGUGGGUUCGGGUACUAUUUCUGAUCAUGAGAUGGCUGUCAAUGCUCUUAUGAAUUUGUGGAAUUUGGCUUAUGAGUAUGACGCCGAGAAAAGAUCCAUAGAAAGGGUUAGGAUGAGAGCAAGAUAUAGAAGGGAUAGGAAUAGACGGGAUAGAGAACGAAUUGCGGAAAUUGCUCCUACGUUUGCACGAGUUCAACCAGUUCUUGAGAAUGAUGUGGUGGGAGAGCCUGUAAUUGAUCAAGAAGUUGAGGAUCAGCCUGGUCCAUUUUUUACCGCAAUGAGAAGAAUUAAACAGAGUGAAGCUAAGCCGGACAUUGAAUGGAACGGCAUGACUGAUCCGGAAAGAAAGAGAGUGACCCCUAAGUUGGAAGAUUUGAGCAUCAAUCUUCUUGCUAAGCAUGUGGAAGCACUUUCAUCACUAAGAGGUGUCCCAGAUGUACUUAGGAAUAAACUAAGCAAUGUAUUAUGUGAUUCUAGAAAGAUGGAUUCUCAUGCUAUGGAGCUUCUUACUAGUGGGUCUCCAACAGAGAUUCGUGUAAAGGAUUGUUCGUGGUUGACUGAGGAGCAGUUCAGCAAGAUCAUGAAGGGGUGUGACACCAAUAAUUUGACGAUCCUACAACUUGAUCUAUGUGGCAAUUGCUUGCCUGAUUAUAUCUUGCGUGCAACAUUGGCUAAAUCACCAAAUAGCUUGCCCGUAUUAUCAUCUAUGUCUCUGAAGGGUGCAUGCCGGCUUACAGAUGGUGGGAUAAAGACACUUGUCGCCUCAGCACCUUCACUAUGUUCUAUUAAUCUGGCAGCCUGCCCGCUUCUAAGUUCUAUAAGUAUCCAAUAUAUGGCUGAUGCUCUUGGGUCUAUGCUUAAAGAGUUAUAUUUGGAUGACUGCCAAAAUAUUGAUAUGAUGCUGAGUCUACCUGCAUUGCAAAAGUUUGAAUUUCUGGAAGUUUUGUCAAUUGCUGAUAUAGAAACUGUUUCUGAUGAUUUUGUAAGUAAGUUCGUGACUGUGUGUGGAUGGAAUUUGAAGGAGCUUAAUUUCUCUGAUUGUCGUAAAUUGACGGAUAAAUCCCUGAAAGCUGUUGGAGAACAUUGUUCUGCAUUACAAACUCUUCAUCUUGCUAACUUGCGCAAACUGACAGAUUCUUCACUAGGAUACCUCGCCAAUGGCUGUCAAUUGAUUCAAACCCUCACACUUCGUGACAAUUCAAUCAGCGAUGAAGGUGUUGCCGCUUUCCUUGAAGCCUCAGGAGAACCCCUUACAGAAAUUUCUUUAAACAAGGUUAAGAAGGUGGUACGGCAGCAACGGGAUUUUUCCGUUUAUUUUCAUUCUGUGGUUGGUAACCAUACAGCUCUUUCACUGGCUAGAUGCUGCUCAAAAAAUUUGCUGAGCCUGGACCUAUCUUGGUGUCGUGGUUUAAAUAACUCUGCAUUAGGAUUAAUUGUGGACAGCUGUUCAAAUCUGAGAAUUCUCAAAUUGUUUGGAUGCACACAGAUAACAUCCGAAUUUGUGACCGGUCACUCAAAUAAAUGUGUUCAGAUAGUUGGAUUGCAAUUGAGACCGAUAUUAGAACAUUUGAACAUCUUUGGUCAGCAGGAAGCAGCAUUGCGUUAUUCAUCUGUUCCUGUCCGCAAAGAAUCACAAGAUAUUCAAGGUUAAGGUUUCUAAUACCUACAGCAUAGUUUCCAAUUAGUUUGCUUGUGUAAGCAUUACACUUUAUACCCCCUGAAGAGAGAAUAGUUUUUUUUUUUUUACUCUAGUGAGCAAUUUUUUGAGGCUGUUGUGGCCUCUUUUCUUGCCCUCUUAACCUUGUAAUUAUGGUUUCCUUUCAAUACAUUUUUGACUUAAUA